CAAUCAUCUUCUGUAAUUCUGUCUGUAAUAGAUCUUUCCUAUUCUGAGAGAACCCAACUUGCUGAACUAAGCUAAGACUUGUGCCCCAAAUUCUCAAAGCUGUACCUGCUCAGGAAUUCAAGCUUCCUUGCUUGGCUGUUCCCAGGAUAAUUAUAAGAUGUGGGAGAUUAUUGGUCCAGUAAUGCAACUUGGUGAGUGGCUGUGGAGUCCUGUGAAACGUGGGAUGAGUUACAUGGUUCAUUACAAGAGAAACUUACAGUCUCUUGGCGAUCCUGUUCAGAAUCUUGAGACGAUGCUUAAUAGUCAUAAACAAUCUGUGGAUAUUGCUCAAAUGAGUGGAGAAGAUAUCAAGCCCGAGGUUCAGAUAUGGCUGAGAAAUGCUGAUAAGGCCAUGACAUAUGUGGAAGACGGUGCAGCUAGAGCAGGGGAGAAGUGCUGUAUAGGAUGGUGCCCGGAUUUGAAAUGGCGUUACAAUUUGGGGAAGAAAGCAUCAAACCUGACAACAACAUUGAACAAGCUGGUAGAAGAGGCAAAAUUUGAGAGUGUUAACCUUCAAGUUCGACGAGCACCUGAAGUUCAGAACUUAAUCUUUACUGAAGGGUUCCAAGAAUUUGAAGCAACUAGACAAGCCAUGGAUAGAGUCAUGAACGCGCUGAAGAAAGAUGAGGUCACAAUCAUUGGGGUCUACGGCAUGGGUGGCAUUGGAAAAACAACUUUGGUGAAACAAGUUGGUGCACUAGUGUGUAAAGAUGGUCUCUUUGAUCGUAUGAUUAUGGCUGUUUUCUCUCAGAACCCGGUGGUGGUGCAAAUUCAAGACCAACUCAAAGAUAUGCUGGCCUUGCAGUUGCAUGAAACAACAGAAAUGGCAAGAGCAGCUAGACUGAGGGAGAGGAUUAUCAGAGCAAAGAAGAUGCUCAUAAUCUUGGAUGAUAUUUGGGAGACAAUAGAUCUGUCUAUCAUAGGAAUUCCUAGCCUUGACGAGCUUGGAAAAUGUGGUUCCAUAGUCAUCCUCACCACAAGGAGACUACCCGUAUGCCGUGCCAUGCGGAGUGACGUGAUGAUCCCACUUAACCGAUUAUCAGAAGAUGAUUCUUGGAACUUUUUUGUGAAGAAUGCUAACAGGUCUUUUGAGUCGAUCAAUUUCAAUGAGGUAGCAAAGCAAGUGGCUAGAGGGUGUGGUGGCCUCCCGGUUGCAUUAAUAGCAGUCGCAAGGGCACUUGGAGAUAAAGACCAGCUAGAAGAAUGGCAAGAAGCAGCUCGACGAUUAGAGGUUUCCCAACGUGCAAUUCUUGAUGAUGACGGACGUGUGCUCAGAUAUAUCUCAACAAAAGAGUUGAUCAAGUAUGCACUUGCGAAAGGGUUGUUUCGGGAUGCUGCCUCAUUUGAAGAAGCCAGAAGCAGAGCGCGUUCGGUGUUCAAUCAUCUUAAAGCUUCCAGCUUGCUUUUAGAUAGUGAACACGUGAGGAUGCAUUAUGUGAUUCGGGAUAUGGCCAUGUCAAUUGCAGCAUCUGAAUAUGGUGAUGGAUUUUUAGUCAAAGCUUGGACACGAAUAACGGUUUGGCCAAGUAAUGCAUAUGAAGGCCACUCUGCAAUCUGUUUAAUGAGAAAUGACAUCCAGAAGCUUCCUCAAGAGUUGUGCACAGUAUGUGAAGAACAGUUUGGAGAUGAGUACCAAUUUGAAUCCCAUCUUUUGAACGAUACCUGCACUCAAAAGGUGGUGACUGUGAAGAAACCUGAAGAACUCAAAUGUGGCACGUGCGGCAAGGAUUACACAGGAAACAAAAAUGGAUUCGAGGCCCAUCUCAAGAGCACCAAGCAUAAGAACACUUGA